AAAGCGUAUAGUUAAUGAGUGCUUCGGACCUUAGGAAACGCCAUUUUGGUUUUGAUGGAAUAAUCAAGAAGUGACAAAAUCGUAUAUUUUCGGACUACAAAUAAAGAUCCUUGUUGCUUUGCUCCUCUGUAGCAUGCAACAUCCACAUUUCUGUAUAGGGUUAAGGCAUGGCUGACAGGCGAAAGCUUCAAGGUGAGAUAGAUAGAUGUUUAAAGAAAGUAGAUGAAGGUGUGGAAACCUUUGAAGAUAUUUGGAAGAAGCGACCCAUUUUGCAGGUUCAAACUGCUACAAAUAGUAAUCAAAAGGAAAAAUUUGAAACUGACCUUAAAAAAGAGAUAAAAAAGCUACAGAGACUUCGAGACCAAAUCAAGUCAUGGAUUGCCAACAGCGACAUAAAAGACAAAUCCUCGCUUAUAGAUCACCGCAAAUUAAUCGAGACGCAAAUGGAGCGGUUCAAGGUGGUGGAACGAGAAACAAAAACAAAAGCAUACUCUAAAGAUGGGUUAGGUGCCGCAGCAAAACUUGACCCUCAGACAAAAGAGAAAGCAGAAACCACCCAAUGGUUAUCGAAUGCGAUAGAUACCCUUCAAUUGCAACUUGAUCAGUUUGAGAGUGAACUGGAAUCAAGGGCUGGCUCUAAUAAAAAAAAGGGAAAGGUAGGUGAAGACCCCAAAGUAGAUGAGCUUAAACAGUUUCAAGAAAAUCAUAGACAUCACAUAGAUACAUUGGAGAAAAUCAUGAGACAAGUUGACAAUGACAAAUUGUCUGUUGAAAAGAUUAAAGAACUUAAGGAUGAUAUAGAGUACUAUGUGGAGUCUAAUCAAGAACCUGGAUUUCAAGAAAAUUUUAAUAUGUAUGAUGAUCUAGAUCUGGAAGAAAUCCCAGAUGCACCAGCAUUGGCGUCAUCGCCAACUGAAGGUGAUGAAUUCAUGGAUAAAGUUGUAAGCACACCAUCAUCAACAAACUCUAGUUCUCCUUCACCUAGUCCCAGUGUAAAUGCCAAUCAUUCCAAUGAAAAGCAUGAUGAUGUGGAUAGAAAAAGACAUAAAUCUCAGUCAGAAGAGCAGAAAAGUGCAUCACCGGCACCAUUAGGCAACUCUAAACCCCCGUCUUUGGUUAAACAACAUUCUCAAAACAAUACUAGUGCACAAAACUCAGAUAGCAACUCUGUGAAUACUAACCAUUAUCCAUCGACAACACCGGCGUCUUUAACUGCUUAUGCUGCAGCUGCAGGAGGACAGCAGAACAACAGUACCACAGGUUCUCGAUUAACGCACACCACCACACCUUCAGUGUGGCACCGUAGCUUAACCGCCCAAACUAGCUUUCCUAUUGAUUCUACCAAACCUCAUGUAAAUUCAAUUGAUCAUGCUGGAUCUGCAACCAUAACAAGUACUGGUACCUUGUCAAGUUCAACAAAUACAAACUCUGUCUCCUUAACUUCUUCGGGAAAUCCCUCUGUGCCCUCAGCGCCAUCACCACUUACGGUUUCAGUUGCUGCAUCUCUUAGUACUGUAAACUCUUCUGCAUCGUCAGGUAUCAACAAUUCAUCUCAGGUCCAUAACAGUCGAACAGACAGUACACCUGUCAUGAAUGGACCUAUUAGUAUUAAUGGUCCAACGUCGUCGCAAAAAAUUAAGAAUGACGAGUUUUCAUUGAAAACAAUGGCACAGCAAGUGAUUGCAAAUGCUGAGUUAGAAAAAAUAUCGCCUUCAUCUCACACCUCUGUUGAAUCUUCGAAUGUGUACAAUAAUUCAUCUCAAGCGCCAUCACAACCCAUUGUUACCUUAUCAUCAGAGCAGUGUUCAGUUGUCAGUAUAUCAGAUCAGCAGUUAACUCAGUUGCCACAGCAACAGCAGAUGCCCCAAGUUCCGCAGACGAAUACUAUUCACCUAAAUCCAUUGUUAGGAAUGGCACCUCUCGGCCCAGUCCAACUUGCAAAAGAACAGCACUAUCAGUCAGCUAUGGUGGAUGCGGCAUACCACCAUCUUCCACACCCUUCAGACUCUGAACGAAUGAGACACUUCUUGCCCCGCAACCCAUGUCCGACGGCGUCUUAUUAUCCGUCAGCUUCAUCUCCUCAUGCUGAUACUGUUGAGUUUUAUCAGCGGUGUGGCACGGAAACGCUUUUCUUCAUAUUUUACUAUAUGGAGGGAACAAAAGCUCAAUACUUGGCAGCAAAAGCAUUGAAGAAACAAUCGUGGAGGUUUCAUACAAAAUAUAUGAUGUGGUUUCAGCGACAUGAAGAGCCAAAACAAAUCACAGAGGAAUUCGAGCAGGGCACAUAUAUCUACUUUGAUUAUGAGAAAUGGGGCCAAAAGAAGAAAGAGGGUUUUACAUUUGAAUAUAGGUAUUUGGAAGAUAGAGACUUGAACUAGUUGAGUGUACCAAUCUGUUGAGACCAUAACUCUGUCAGUCACUUCGUCUUACAAUAGAGCUUGUGAUUUUAAAAAAUAAGGAUACAAAUGAGGAAGUUCCAGUGAGCCGUGUCAGGCAAGAGCUGUUUUUAUUUUGCCACAUGACAACUGCAAUUAGUGCUUUGCAGCUAAUUGGAUCUCAGAUUUAAGCAAGUAUUCCUCACCUUUCAUCCUCCCUCACAUCAACAUAUAUGGCAUCUUGAGCUGACUAUAUAUCAACCUGCAGUUUCAGUGGGGCCGUCCAAAACCAAAGUUUUCAAACCCACAGUGUAAAUAAAAAUCCAGCAUUUAAGACUAAAAAAAAAACUCCUCUUGUAUCAGUUUGGUCAGUGAAAGCCUUAUCUAUCAAGAGAUGGAAACAGGAGAUUGCUGAAUGCUCAUGGUAUAGUUAAUGUGGAGUAGCUGUGAUCUGCUUAUUUGAAAAUCUCUAGUUUUGACCUCCCUAGUUACAGAUUGUAAAGCCCCUUACACCCUCCCAUUAGCCAUAUAAAGUUCGUGCUGGUUAGCAAUGCAAUAUUUUUCUAUGUUUUUGUUAAAAAAAAUGUUAUCUGGUCUUUCCAUGGAGAAGUGGUGCAAAGGGCUCUAUGAUUCUGUACGAUUGCUAUGGUCACAUCAGUAUUUUAGCACUUAUUCAUGUCAUAAGAACACAACAGAGCCCUAGUAAGAUUUUAUAAACAGACUUUGUUAGUAAAUAUCUUUAAAAAACUUGGUUGUGUGCAAAUCAUUUUUAUUUUCAAUCUGUUUGCUACUAUUUCACAUAAAUUAUGGGAAAGGUUUUGACCUGUAGCAUUUAAACUGAAACGUGUAAAGGGUAAAUUGUUUGUGAUGGAUGAGGCCAUUCAUUGUCUUCUUGUGGUAUUUUGCUUUAGCCAAAACUUCUGCAUUCAGCAUAACUUAAGUGCAAAUCAGGCCAUUAUAAGAAUAGCAAGCUGAAGUUAAAAUAAAAUCUACAAGCACCCAGUUAUUCAUUUCAUCUCAACAGAAUCUUUUUGAAAACUUGUUCAAAAUGUUUGAAGCAGCUGUAGGUUAAUUUCUAGUGGAGCUCAUCUUGUACUCAUCACUCUGACAUAUCUGAUGCUGUGUGGGACAAUUAGUGUGCCUGAAACUGACAGUGUUUGUGUGUGCUGUAGCAGCUAGAUGGUUAGGGAGGUAAAAGGUUUAAAAGUUUUGUACAUAGAGGUGUGUGUGCAUGUACGUUUCUUGACUACUUGUGUAUGAAAAUAUUUUAUAAAUAAUUCUUUUUUUUACUACUUUUUUUUUUAAACUUUAAUUUUAACAAUUAAAAUUAAUUUGUAUCAAGUUCUGCUUUAAGUGUAAUCAUAUUUUUAAAUUUGUAUGGAAUGAUUUCAAUUUGGCAGGCCCAAAUUGAUAAAACAUUUCAUAUAUUUAAUUUUUUUUUAGUUGUACUAUUAAAAUCAAAUUUGCUAGUUCAGCUGUUAUAAAAUACAUGCACAAGUAAACAAGUUAACACUGAGCAAAAUGGUGUAUGAAUUGUUUGUAUAUAAUUGAAAGCUCUGUUGUAGCAUGAAGUGCAAGUUAGUGCAAAGCAUAUGGACCUUAAAAGUUGUGGUGCACAUACAGCUAAAUGAUGUCUUUAUUUUUGUACCACUUGCCUGUCUUGUUUGUAUGCAGUUUAUGGUCUCUGGGGCUCUUUUUUUAUUUUUUGUAUAUAAGGUGACUUUGGUGACCAUUGCUGCUGACAAAUGAGGCAGUGCAAGGUGCAAGAAAUCUUUUAAAAAUACAAAAAAAAAUAAAUGAUAAAAAAAUGUCUACAGUACAAACGAUAA